AUGGGUCUGAAGGGGGCAUGGUGUUUCCCAUGGUGUGGGUGCCGGAGACAGCGAGGGACUGAAAGAGGAACAGGCCUGGAUCCCGCUGCCCCUGCAGCUCCUGGCCCGGCCACAGCCGCCGUCCUGGCUGAGGGAGGGCCGCCCCCCCCGGGGGCUGGUGCCUACUUCAGCAGGAAAGCCCGACUGUCCUUCCGCCACCAGCUGCACGACAUGGCCUCCGCCAACGACUCCACCAUCUGA